AUGGCAAGUUCGCGCGGCGCCCAGGGACAGAUUCCACUCUUCGACGCCACUAUGAAACUCCACUUCGCUAUGGGAGGUGGCAACGGUGCUGGUGGAGUUCCUUCUGAGUCCUCCUUUGAUCCCUCUUCCAUGCCAGAUCUCCAAUUAAGUCUACCUCCGCCGCCGCCUCCCACAGAAAGUGGAAAUCAAUUUGUCGGUGGACCCCCGCUCCCACCACCAACACCUAAUCAGAUAUCGACCGGUGUUAUUCCAGCAGCGCCGUCUUUCCUAAAUGAGGGUCCAUUCUCAUCUUUACAACCGGCUCCAACUAUCUCCAAUUCUACAGAGACUUCUUCUGGUCUCGUGAAUGCACAGCCAUGUCGCCGCACCAACUUCACUAUCAAUUGUCAUCACAUCAAAUGCCGCAGGUCACUGCCGUGUCAGCACCGUCGUAUGGCUCUGGAUAGUGUGUUGCCUGUGGAACCCGAUAGAAAUCUCCUCAGUUGUCUCCAUGACUGUGUAUCGCGUAUUCGUGAGCCCUUUUCGCCGGAUGAGCCUCUUGAUACACAAGCUGCGGUCACCUUAGAACAGGAGUACAAUCGUAUGGACAUCUGUAUUCGUCGAAUCAUUCGUGUUGUCAAGAUGUUGCCAUACUUCAAUGAGAUCGGAAAGCCUGCCCAACUAGGUCUACUCAGGGCCAACAUCUACGGUAUGAUUGUACUCUACUCUUCAUUUUUCUUUGAACGGAAUAUUCGAAAGUUGAGAUACCCCGUGAAGGACCGCAAUGGUGCCCUCUCCUCCGUGACAGUUUCCAUGUUAGAUGAUAUCUCCACUCCGGAGGAUGAACGUGACUUCUCAUCCUUCCACGCAAAUGUCAAUCUUGAUCGUCUAAAGGAGGAUUUUGAGCUCUACAAGACAAAUACAAUGGCUGCUUUCAAUCAUCUCGAGGAGUUGACAGGUACCGACGAUGUCCUUCGAAUGGCUCUUCUUGCAAUCAAGCUCUUUACCGAGGAUUCCGUGGACGAGAGCAUUCAAAAAAUUGUUGCCACUUCACGACGUGUCUACCUCUUCUUCCUGUGGAACUAUCUUCGCUGGCGUGCUGGCCCGAAACAUGCUCGUGAGGCUUCUGAACUCUUCACACGCCUUCAUCUAACUUUCGUUGACCUUCGAUCAUUGGAGAUUCGUAUGACAGAGUUCGCCAAACUCGUCUCUUUGGAUGGCCUCUCUCCGCUGAUGCGAGAAAUUUGCAGUAGUAAUAACGGAAGUAGUGCUAGUGGCAAUGGCGGAGCGGAGGCUAGCAGCAUUACUGAAAAUACAAGACCAAUUUCCAGUGGAACUAUGGCCUAA